CGCCCACCAGGCCGUCUCCUCCUCACCGCCUUCCUCUUCUCAGGCCAAGAAUAACCCAUCCAUUGGUUCUCCCCUGUUUCUCUCCGAUGGCCACGGCGACGGCGGCGGCGGAAGGCCUUGGGCGCCAGAGAGCGAGCCCGGACCACCUCCCCGUGCCUCCCCGCCCCCGCUCCCGGUAUCGGCAUCGCGCGGCAGGCCGACCACAUCCCGUGGCCGCGGGCACGCCGCCUCGCCCCGCCCCCGGGCUCCGGCAUGCUCAGGCGGACCGCCGUGCCGUUCUUCCUCACCACCCCCGCGCUCGUCCGGCACGUCCCUACAACGGCGGCCCGUUUGCCGCCCUCCUCUACCUGUGCGCCGCGCUCGGAGUUGCCGUGGAUUCGUGCGGCUCGCUGCGGGACUACGGAGGCCUCGCCGCGGUCCUCGCCGCUCUUAUCAUCGUCCUUGUGCUGAGGCAUCCGCCCCGAUUGGCCCAUCAGGACGACCCUGAUGGACCCCGCCAGAUCCCUGCGGCUCCGCCUCCGCGGAUUCAACCGGAGCAGCCACGCCUCGCUCCCACACUCUCCAUCACCGGGGGCAUACUGGACGCUGCCCAGGUUGCUGCUGCCAUCCGCAGUUUCAUGGCAGACAGCACCCCUCCGAUCCCCGCCGUCAGUCCACCCCAAGCUGACUCCUCCGACUCCGACGGGGGCGGGUCAAGCACCAACGGCGACGAGACCAAUAACUUGUGGUAUACUCCCGUCCACCUCCUCGAAGCAGGGGACGUCUGUCUCAUCCUCCCCGACUUCAUCCAGCAGCUCCAAGACAUGGAUUCAGGGUUAACCCAAGCUGAAUUCCUUGAAUUGCUUCAGAGAGCGUUCAGAGAUGCCAACAACUCUGAUGGAUUCCACAGAUUGUCUGACAUAGUUGAGGAGAACCGUUGGAUUAUCAAUGACGCUCCUCUUGUGUUGACAGACAGAUCGACUGGGACUUCUGUCAUGAAGAUGAAAAUUACUGCAAAACUUAUUCAGCUGAUCUGGCUUGAAUUAGAUGGGCAGAAUUGGAAGUCAUGCCAGGAAGUCAAAAAGGAAUGCUGCUUUCGAGAGGUUGUCGGGCAAUCUGUAGAAGAGCUCCUUGAUGUUGCACUUUCAUUCAGCAGCGCAAGGUGGUCUGCUGAUCAUGCAUCGCAAAUGCCAACCAUCUUUGAUGCACUUGCCGAUGUCCUAUAUACCAUAAGGGAAUUGACUUUCAGCAGUACUGAGUUCAUGCAUGAUGUGGUUGCUCAUGUUUUUCGCAAGAUGGUGGUUGAUUUGAGAGGAAUGCUUGAGGGGACUACCAGUGACAUGCAUCGCAUCAGAGAAUGUGCCAUCCAUCCAGCAACCGUUCUUCUUGUACGAUACCUGGAAUUUUUCUAUCGCAGCGGGGACAUGAUGCAGUUUGUACUUGGCACUGGGGAUUGGACUAUUGAGCUUAGCAUGAUCUAUGCUUGGGCCUCCAAGCUCAGUGAAGAUGCAAAAGCAAUGUUCCCAGCAAAGGGUCAAAGGUACAUAUACAUCUUGAAUAAUAUGGAUUUUGUUUAUCAACUGAAGUAUCAUCCCGGAGGAUGCCUUUCCAGUGAAGAACUGCAGAGGGGUCUCUGUUCGCUGAUCCAUCAGCACAUACAGAGCUACCUUGACGAAUGUUGGGUCCCGCUUGUGGGAUAUUUGGGUGUUGAUUCUCUGAAGAGAUUUCUUGAAGAGUUCUUUACCAUAUGUGAUAGCCAGAUGACAUGGAAAGUUCGUACUGUGCUCAAGGUGACACUGCGUCGGGAGAUUGUGGGGUUGAUUGUUCCAAAUUAUGAGAACUUCUUACAGAAAAAGUCCAGUUCGCACCGGACUUCCUGGUUGAAGGCCAGAUCUGGGAAACCAAUGUAUACUGCUGUGUGGUUGGAAGAGAAGAUAGGUGAAUUCUUUGAGAGAUAACAGCCUGCUAGUAAUGAUGAAAGGGCACCACACUUGUACAGGGUCGGCGCAUUUGUCGUACUACCACAUUAGCAUUAGUGAAGAGCAGUUUGUGGUGAUCCGGCCGUGUUACCAAAAGGGUUCAGUCUGUGUAAUAAUUUUUUCAGGUCAUAAGCCUGCUUGCAGUAUUAGCAAGAUUCAGAGCUGGUUGGUGUAUAGUGUUUGUUCAGUGUAUGUUUAUACUGUAGGGAAAUGCAAUGUUUUGUUCGUCUUC